GGGAAACAGUGUUCCGUCAGUUAUAAUUGAAUCUUGAAGACGUUGUUGGUUGUGGUAGAUAGCUUGCUAGCUAAAUAAAGUUAGCUUGUUAUGUCUCAGGAGGGGUUUCCAACUGCGGCCGCCAGAACUAUUCUCAACCAUAAUUCCAGCCUAGGCUUGGAAGUAACGCCGUCUGUUAGCCCCGGAAAAACGCCCAUUCAGAUUCUGCAUGAGUAUGGCACAAAGACCGGACACCUGCCCGUUUAUGUCAUGGAAAAGGCCGAAGGAGAAGCUCAUCGUCGAAGUUUUGUUUUUAACGUCUCAAUCGGAGACGUGACCUGCACAGGCCACGGGUUGAGUAAGAAAGCCGCAAAGCACAAGGCUGCUGAGGCUGCCCUCAGCGUUUUAAAACUAGAGCCUGGACCAAACCAUCAGAUCCCAAAUGCAGCAGACAAUGGUGUUGAGGCAGAGGCUCAGAACCAGCCCAACCCCGUAGGGAUACUGCAAGAGCUUGCGUUGCAGCGAGGUUGGCGUCUGCCCGAGUACUCGGUCUGUAUGGAGGCAGGCCCACCCCAUCAGAAAGAGUUCACCGUAACCUGCCGAAUGGAAACUCUGGCAGAGACAGGAACAGGCAGCUCCAAAAAGCAAGCCAAGAGAGCAGCGGCAGAGAAGAUGGCCACAAAGCUGCAAGCACUGCAAGGCUGUCUGGACAGGCCAUGGGCAUUGAAGCCCACAGUGAGGUUGGAAUGUUUGCGAACGUCUUCAGGAGAGAAGCUCUCAGCGUUGAGAAGGAACCCCCUCAGCACUCCCAACACAGACUAUGUGCAGAUGAUGCUGGAGUUGUCUAAGGAGCAGGGCUUUGAGGUCACUUACUUCGACAUUGACGAGCUGACGGUGAACGGGCAGUACCAGUGCCUGGCGGAGCUGUCCACCGUCCCGGUGACGGUGUGCCACGGAACGGGCAUCUCCUGCAGCAACGCGCACAACGACGCCGCGCACAGCGCACUGCAGUACGUCAAGAUCAUGGCCUCCGCCAAGUGAGCGCAUCGGAGAACACCGCAGACAAUCACCUUCACCUUUACUGUGCAGGUACAGUGGGAACUGCCCAAUCCUCGUGCAACCAAUAGGAAGAAUACAGAGGCUAAAGAGAACUUUGGUCUGUCCUCUGAAAAAAGAGAACAUUUAAUGUAUUUAUCCAGUUAGAGCUUCAAUUUAAUUAUCUUUAUUGGAAACAUGUCAGAACUGCUUAAAAAGGAAACACUUCCAGCACACGGUGACCCUUCAGGCCCAUAGAAGGCUGGUUUUAUAAACACGGGGGCCGACACCCAGGCACUUUCUCUGGGUUUUAUAUUCUCCCUGAACUCCUUCAGGUGUCCUUUGGAAGCAGCAUGUUUCUGGCCGUCAUGUGAAGCAGAGAGCGUGCUGAACUUUACAGUAUGGCCUGAAGUGUAAUGUUUGGGGUAGAAUUGCAAUAUGCUUUAAUAUUGGCUGGGAUUUGGCAGUUUUGGCAUGUCAGAACUUUAUUUUGUUGGUGGGCCGCUGGGGAGUUAUAUGAUGGCAAGUGUUCUGUAUGUACUGGCUUUAAGAUGCUGUGAUGCCUUUUAAAAAAAGAUUACGUGGCCUUGUUGUCCUGCUACUUGAUGUAUGAAUAUGAAAGGAAGCUUAGAAAACAGUAGAAUCAAAUAUCAGGACAUGGAGAAGCGCUGGAGAAACGGCUCGUGUUCAAGAGGCAGGUUUUUAAAUUGACUUGUGUACUAUGUGUGGUUGUUGUACACCCCUUCACUGGCACAGCGGAUUUUGUGUUUCAUUGUUACAUGCCAGCAGUUGUGGAGGAAAUGGCACAUACUGCCACCUUCACAUGUCAGUCAUGAAAUGAAAGUUGUGGCUCUGUCUGUGGUCCAUGUCCCUCGGGUUUGUCACCGGUACUCAUUGUUGCAUUUGUUUGGUCCUCGUCCCUUUUUGUACUUUGUACAGAAUAGGAGUGAUCAGUCCCUGAUUAAAACGGAGAAUGCAGACUCGAUAUACCAUGAUAACCAUUCAGUGCGCUGCAAAGCAUUUGCCACAGCAAUACCUAAUGAAGAACCUGAACCAAUUUAAGGCAGCCUCACUUUGAACUGAAAAAUGUAUAAUUUGCAAUAAUAAAACUGACCCGGUCCCUUAAAUAGGAGCCAACUUUUAAAUGGAUUUGUUAUUAAUAGUUCGUGCAAGCUGGCUGAAUAUUACCGCUUUGCUGUAAUGAACACCACAAAGUUCAGAAGCAGAUGUGCCCCAGCGCCUUGUUUUAUUGAAUUUGUUUUGGGCGAGUAUUACAUUCUUAAAACCUUAUAAAUGGAAGAAUUGCUAAUAAGUGUGACUGUGAAUGCCCAAGGCUGUGUGGAACUGCCCUUAUAUGCAAGAGCAUUUUGGAAGCUUGAUAUGUGCUUUACAGUCUGUGUUCAUUUAUUUUAAAGUGGAGCC